AUGGAUAGCCAUAUCUUGGUUAGUUUGUGCCUCAGGGGCCUCUCGUGGUUUAGCAGUGCCUUUAGUCUCGGGGCCUCGCACGGCUUUGAGGAGCUGCCCGUCAGACCGUCCCAAUCAUGGAGCCUCAGGGACGUCCCUUUCCCGAUAUCGAACAGCACAGCGUCUGUCGAUCUGUCCGUCGAAGAGAGCGGCGACGACGGGAAACUACUACGCGUCUUUAUCGCCUUGCUAUAUACUGUGCUUCCGCUAUCCCAAGGCAGGACAGAUGACCUCCCAUCAACCGGGUUCCCAACAGCCGUCCUGCAAUGGCGCAGCAGGAAGGCCGGCCAGAGCCCCUGGUGCCGGACAGUGAGUUACGACUUUAUGGGAGAAGAGUCGACAGACGAGCCGCCUGGCAAGGGAGUUCAUCGCCAUAAUGAUCCAAAUUUCCAGCUGCUUUGUGCUCGGACUGUCCGCAGCUUCACACUCGAGCAUCCAGACAAUGCCAAUGUCAAGGCUUCCAUGGUGUGCGAAGCAUAUCGUUUCCAGCUAGCACCGAACCGCCUCAGAAACGUCCUCACAAACAAAAAGCUGAUAUUCAUCCUCCAAGUGUAUCACGCUCACGUCAACGUAUACACAAGCUUCCUUACCGCCUUGGAGGUGCAUUACGCCAGUGCACGCUUGCGGAGACUUAGUAGUAGCCAUCAGUCCAAGCUACGCCAAUGGAGCUUCAACGCCAUCGUGGAGGAUUGCCACUUCUACCAAAGGCUCAUCAACGCCGCCAGCGAGCUCACGCUUACCACGGAAUCGCUCCUCGCCGUCGCCAUAUCUCUCGAGGAACCGGGAAAGGAGGAUCCCCAAGCUGACACGGCUCGCCGCGGAGCUGAGAGGCUGCUGCUGCUCAGCCUAUCUCGCGACAUGAGCCAGUCCAAGAACGUGCAGAUCCUCACGCUCCUCGCGACCAUAUUUCUCCCGCUCUCGCUCUCCGCUGGUAUCCUUAGCAUGCAGGCACGGUUCAAGGAUUUGGGACAGUUGUUGUACGAUUUCUUCGGCGUUGUGGUCUUGCUCGCAGCUGCCGUUGCGCUGCUUGUGUUUGCCAUGCUCGUCUUCUCGCUGCUGAAUGAGGUCGAGAGCACUCUCCACCACAAGGUCCUGUACGUGAGGCUCGUGCGGCCCCUGCUGCUCGUUACGCUAGUGAGCGUCGGGUUGGAUUUUGGGGCCCUUGUACUGUCCUCGUUCGUCGUCGGCAUGUUCAAGGACGUCCGGCUUGGUGCGUCGAUCUUGGGUUACGGAACGGCGGUUGCCGUUGGGCUGCCCACCACCGUGUUGGUCGCCACAGCGCUAAUCUACUACUCUAGCAAGGUGGUCUAUCACUCCAGCACGAAGAAGGAGAAGGAAAGGAAGAAGGAGAGGAAAAACGAGCAAGAUCCCGAAAGCAAUGUGGGACAGCAAGGUGCUGAAGGGGAAGGGGAGAAGGUUGAGCCGCUCGUCCGAGAGGAGCCUGCCGUUGGAUCUGAAGGAGGCUUACCCCUUUAGGUUCCGACAAGCGGCUGAUAUCAAGAUCUAUAAACCGGCUUACAGUGGCAAACUACUUGGGUAUUUCAACGAAGGGCUUUCGGAUCAGAUUUCAGGGGGUUAGCUUAGGAUGGGGUGUUCUCAAGGGCUUUACUGCUUUCCUAGCCGGACAAGGAGUCUAGGACUAGUACCUACCGAAUAUCUGCUUUCAGUGCCGGUAUGUCGUAGGCCAUGGGCUACUAGCCGUCAUUGAAGUGUAUACAC